AUGUCUGCCAUUGCCAAGAAAGCAGGUCUGAAAUUGUUCGAGAGGCACCUAGAAAACUAUAGCCCCUCUGACCCUCUAUACGAGGAGUACACUGAUGAGAAUGGAAAGAAGAAGCGUAGAAAGCGCGAGUUGCCGCCUGGCUUGUCCAAGCGCGACGCAGCCAUCUUGAAGAAAGUCAAGAAACGCGCUCACUAUCUCGAUAAAGGCUUUUCUGUGUGUGGACUGAGAUUUGGCUGGACGUUUGUCAUUGGUAUCAUACCUGGUGCUGGUGAUGCUGCUAACGUAGCGCUGAACUACCUCCUCGUUGUUCGCAAAUCACGGCAAGCUGAAAUCCCCGGCUGGUUGCUCCGCAAGAUGCUUGCCAACAAUGCUGUCAGCGCUGGCGUUGGCUUGGUCCCUGUUGCUGGUGAUGUUGUUGUAGCGGCAUUCAAAACUAACAGUCGCAAUGCUGCGUUGCUCGAAGAGUUCUUACGAAUUAGGCAAGUCCCCUUUAUCCUCAAUUUCCAACUGGCAGUGCAUUUACCUUUGCUCUGCAGAGGAGAAGAAUUCUUGAAAGGCGAAGCGGCACGACAAGAGGAUCCGGCAGUUGUCAAGCCUGGCGCCGGUCGCGAACAAGGCGAAGCCAUCCCCGGAAAGAAUGCCAGCACAAUGAAGAGUUUGUUCUCUGGGAAGCCGAAGAAAGGCAACCCAUCGACCGCACUGACAAACCAAGAGGGUCCUCGUCGAUAG